AUGGAUAGUACUAACUUAAAGAAACGCCCCUCAUUACAAUACAGUCUCAGUUCAUUGGGUUCACAAAUCACAAAAUGGAGCUCAUCUAGACCGACUUCGCCAGUGCGGAAGGCCAGAACUAUAGAGUAUGAGUGUAUUCCCAAGAGAAACACAGUCACUGCCUCUCCAAAUGUUAAUGACAAUGGUGAUGAACAAUGGUACGAAAAAUUCAAGCCCACGAAUUUGGAGCAAGUGGCCAUUCAUAAAAAGAAACUUAAAGAUGUACGAGAAGCCUUAGAUGCCAUGUUUUUACCGCAUGCAAAGCAUAGGGUUCUGUUACUUUCUGGACCUAGUGGAUGCUCUAAAAGUACCGUCAUAAGGGAACUUUCAAAGGUCUUGGUCCCUAAAUAUAGAAAAAAAAGCAAUGUAACAUCUCUCCGAAGUAAUUCGAGCCAUUCUGACCUGACUGAGUUUAGAGGUGAUAGUAUAGUCAAUGAUCUUCCUCAGAUGGAAAGUUUUAGUGAGUUCUUGAAGAGUGCAAGGUACCUUGUAAUGUCUAACUUAUCAUUAAUACUUAUCGAAGAUUUACCAAAUGUAUUUCAUAUGGGCACCAGACAUCGCUUUCAGCAACUUAUUUUACAGUGGUUAUAUAGCUCAGAGCCUUUGCUACCCCCCCUUGUUAUAUGUCUCACUGAAUGUGAAAUUCCAGAAAGUGAUAGCAACUAUCGUACAUUUGGUAUUGAUUAUACAUUUAGCAGCGAAACUGUUAUGAACAAAGAAAUCCUGGCGCAUCCAAGAUUGAAAAGAAUAAGGUUCAAUCCGAUCAACAGCACGUUGUUAAAAAAACACUUGAAGCUUAUUUGCGUUGAAAAUAUGGCUCUGUUGAAGGAAAAUAAAAUAUGGAGUAAAAGAGAGGAAGCUAUAAACCAUAUCGCACAAGGGACAGGCGAUAUUAGGUCAGCGAUCACCACGCUUCAGUUUUGGGCAACGUCAAGUGAGGCUUUGCCAAUCUCAACACGGGAAUCCACCAUAUCAUAUUUUCAUGCCAUUGGAAAGGUCAUUCAUGGUUCUCAUAGCACGAGCGAUGAUAAUGAAACCAUCAACACUCUUUUCAGUAAUGCCAACGGUUUGCUGUCCAAUCAAGAUUUCAAGCUGGGUAUUUUAGAGAAUUACGGUACAUUUAAUAAAGGCAACUUCAGUAUCUCUGAUGCACUGUCUGUCGUGGAUUGUUUAAGUGAAUGUGAUACCAUGAAUAGUUUGUCAGAAUCAGAUGAAUAUGCUUUAAGAAAAGUGCGAAAAACUUUUCACAGUAUCGCAAAGGAAAGUCAUAACCAUGGGACGGUUUACUUUCCAAGAGAAUGGAAGGUUAGAAAAUUACAGAAUUCAUUCAAAGUUCAAGCCGAAGAUUGGGUGAACGUUAGUCUUUAUAAAUAUAAUACAGUGCACUCAUUUAGAGAUGUAUCUUUACAGUUUGGUUACUACGCACCUUAUAUUAGGAAGUUGCAAAGUUAUAAAAAAAAAUCCAUACUUCACUUUUUAAGAAAUCUCCCGAGUGACUCUCUGGACUUCAAACAAACAACUGCUAAACUUCACGAUAUAAUGCAAAUUGAAGAUUGCAUUGACAUAAUGAAUAGGAUAGGCGGGCCUAUCGGAAGGUUAUCUGUAGAGGAUGGUUUAGCAUCAUUAAUGGAUAACGAUAUCAGUAAUUCUGGUCAUAUAGAAGACCAAAAAAAGCAAAGGGAUAAAAGACUUCGUAUUUUGACUGAACGGUAUGAAAAUAAUGUAAUGAUGGCGGAUGACGGCAUUGAAGAUAAAGACACUUCCUUUAAGGAUGAUCCUAUUUUUGACAGCGAUGACAGCAAUAUUGUCAACAAUGAUAUAUUCGGAAAGAUCGAUGAAGAUGAAUCUCUUUAUGAAAUAUUAUCCCAAAGGAAACCACGUAAUGCGCCAGCGUUUAGCGAGUCACUCUCAGAUUCCGACCUGGAAGUACUGUAA